AUGGCCGUUUAUGAAGUUGUUGGUGUACUCUUCUGUACGUAUACGAUCGAUAGAUGUGAUUUAGGAACAACGGUAAUGGUGUUAAAUGGGUGGGCUUUUCAAAACGACAAAAAUACAUUGGAUGAAAAAAAAAAUACAGACUCGAGUAAACCUUAUUUAGUUUGUAAACAGCAGGAGAUAGAAGUUUUUUUGUUAUGUUUUGCUUGGUAUAAAGUUUAUGGAAAAUUACGGUUAAAUUAUAACCAAGAAGCAAUAUGUGGAAGAGUUGGUAAGCCACGCGAUAAAAACCAAAAGUCGAUCGCGCAUACCGGAAGCGUAGAAGCCCGUCUGAAUGAUCAGAAAGGCUGUGAACGGUAUGGUCUGGUAGCAACGGCUGGAUGUGCCGGUACGUUCAAGAUGUCCAUCGUUGCCGAUGGCGUCUGUGGACCGGAUGGAAAAUGUUUAGUAGAGUUCACGGUAUGGAAGAAAAUGAAAAGUCCUGAACUGAGAAGGCUGUGGUUUACGGUUAGACAUCGCAUGUUACCCGCAGCCACCGUCGGCAUACGAGCCCUGGAAAUCUGGACGGACCGGAAAGAAGACUAUCCGACUAAAGUGGUGUUUUUACAUAAGUGA